AUGGCUUCCGCCCCCCAGCUUGUCCCUGAGACCAUGGUCACCCUCAAGGUGACCUUCGAGAAUACCACUCGCCGCGUCAAGAUGCCGCUGCGCGACAUGGUGCCUCAGAUUCUCGAAGCCAACGUCCGACACUUCCUCCACAUUCCACUUGAGACCCAGGUCAUCAUCGAACGCUACUCCGACUCGGCUGGCAACUUUGUUGUUCUCGACUCCAACAACCUGCCGGUCUACAAGCAACUGUACAGAGCCGCCAAAGCCAAGUCAAAGUUGAAACUGCGCGUUUUUGUUCCCGAGCUGCAGCCAAAGACUGCACCAAAGCCGGUCACAGUGGAGGACGAACCCGAAGCGUCCGUAGCAGAGACCUACGAGUCCACCGAAAAGAUUACCCCUACCGAGAGUGACGAAUCAUCGUCAACGGCCGAGCCUGCUACGGAGAUGUCGGUGCCGUCUGCGGCCCCGUCUUCAAUCACCCUGCUCUCCGGAGUUGAAUUGCCUCUUCGCACCUCUUCGUCUAUCCAGCUCGACACACCCGAGGUGGCCAAGGUUGAGGAGACUGAGGAGCCCGUUGCUCAGCAGCUACCGGCAAACUUCGCUCAGUCUGCUCCUUUCGACCCUCAGUCAAUAUACUCUUCGUUCGAGGACUACUGUGCUCCCGCCACGCAGUCGCAUCAUGUCAUUGCUCCCGCCCCAUUUGCCGUCUGCUGCAACAACUGUGAAAAGACUGUUUCAGACGUCCACUACCACUGCCAGACCUGCGAUGACGGCGACUUCGAUCUCUGCCAAGCUUGCGUUGACCAGGCCGUCAGCUGCUAUGACGACAACCACUGGCUCAUCAAGCGGACGAUGGUUGACGGCCAGCUCGUUGCCAGCAGCACCGAAAAAAUUGAGCCCAAGGCCCAAGCCAAGAAGCAGACCGAGAGCCCCGCUCAGGAGGCCUCUAUUAUCCCAUCAAUUGAGAAUCCCGAGAAGGAGAAGAAGGUGAAGAAGGAGAAGAAGAAGGCCUCUGAGCAACCUACCCUUCAGCAGCCGUUGGAAUUUGUCAAUGCCAGUCCCUUCUUCGUUACUCCUCUCGCUCCGUUCGUGGCCGCUCCAUCUUCCAGGUGGUCCUGCAUGGGCACCAUGCGAACAUGCAACUGCUGUGUUCAAGAGCUUCCUGAAUGGGAGUUCCUCCACUGCGCGACUUGUGAGGACUUCGAUCUCUGCCAAGCAUGCUUCGCCAAGGAUGGCCACGGCCACCACCCCAGCCAUCCCUUUGUUCCUGCUGUUGCAGGCACCAAGAUGCCAGAUCACAUCACUGUGAGAAUGGGCGCUGGCCGCAACCAGGCGCACCACGCCAUCUGUGACGGCUGUGACAAGUACAUCACCGGUGUCCGCCACAAGUGCCUUGACUGCCCAGACUGGGAUUACUGCUCCGACUGCAUUCCCAACGCUGCGUUUGUCCAUGCCAACCACCGCUUCGCGCCCAUCUAUGAGCCUCUUGCAGACCUCCACGCCUGUGCGGCUGCUCAGCCGGUGCACAUGGGUAUCUGCUGUGAUGGGCCCCUGUGCUCCAACACUCAGGGCUAUCCUACUUACAUCAGAGGCGUGCGCUACAAGUGCGCAGUCUGCCACGACCUUGAUUUCUGCGCAAGCUGCGAGGCCAACCCUGCCAAUGAGCACAACAAGACCCACCCUCUCAUCAAGUUCAAGACACCUGUUCGCCAUGUCAGUGUUACCACCACUGGCGAGCACCAGGAUGGAAAGCGCAUGCCUCCUAUGGGCGACCGCGCCAAGAAUGUCUCCAAGCCUUCCGAGGUUCCGACCUUGAGUCCUAUCCAGGCCGUCAUUCCCGAGUCAACCGUUGUUGAUGUCAAGUCUGAGCCCGAGACUGAAGAGAUCGAGGUUAAGCAAGAGCCCGAGGCUGAGGCUGGGAUCAAGAUGGUCGAGGUCAAGCAGGAGCCUACCCCCGAGAUCAAGGAGGAGGUUGAGGAGGAAAAGGCUGUUGAGCCCGCUCCAUCAGUCAAUGAGCACGACCUCCGGGCCGUCUUCAUUCGCGACUCCGUCUCUGACGGCACAAUCAUGCCGCCCAACCACGUCUUUGAGCAGACAUGGGUGCUUCGCAAUGAGGGUACCGCUACCUGGCCUGCUGGAUGCUCCGUCAAGUUUGUUGGCGGCGACUACAUGGGCCAUGUUGACUCUGCCCACCCCGCUGGCAUCUCAGAGCUUGUGUCGGCAUCGGAGUCGACGGUCUGCUACGCCCCGCUUGCCCCCGGCAGCGAGUUCCCCUUCACCGUGCUGCUGCGCACUCCCGCCCGCGCUGGUCAGAUCAUCUCCUACUGGCGUCUGACUACUCCUGAGGGAUUCAAGUUCGGCCACCGCCUCUGGUGCGACGUCAGCGUGCGCAUGCCGCCGCCCGAGGUCCUACCUGUGACCAUGGUCGAGGAGCCCAAGAAGGAAGAAGAUGCCCAGACCGGCAGCGUCAUGAUCUUCCCUAAGCUUGACAAGGAGUCACCUCACUCUAGCAUUCACGGAGAGAUCCAGACCGAGUCCGUCUCUGGAGCUCCCGAGACCGAUGCUCAGACUGCCAGUGGCGAGGAGUACGAGUGGGAUGGAUCCGACGAUGGCUUCAUGACCGACGAAGAGUAUGACAUCUUGGAUGCCUCUGAUGAAGAAUAUCUCGAGGAUCGCAAGAACAGCAAGUAG